AUAGUUUAUUUAUCUAAUUUAUUUUUGUAUUUUUUCCUAAAGUUGUGCAAUUAGUACCUUGUUAUAAAUGUACUAAUAAAGUUUUAUCAAUUUCGCAUUUUGUUGUUAAACAAUGUGCAUCAAAAUUUACUAUAUUAUAAUUUAACCGUAUUUUAAAAUAUUCUUUUCUCAUGAAGUUUAUGUACUAAGAAAAAAUGUCAGAAAAACCAAUUGUAGCUAGUGGCACCCAGCCGAUCGUCAAGAUUGGGCACUACACGCUUGGUGCUACACUGGGAGUAGGUACAUUUGGUAAAGUGAAGAUAGGAGAGCAUCAAUUGACCAAGCACAAAGUGGCUGUGAAAAUCCUCAACAGGCAGAAAAUCAAGUCUCUAGAUGUUGUCGGCAAGAUAAAGCGAGAAAUACAGAACCUAAAGCUUUUUAGGCAUCCCCAUAUUAUAAAAUUAUACCAGGUAAUAUCAACUCCUACUGAUAUUUUUAUGAUUAUGGAAUAUGUAUCCGGUGGGGAGCUGUUUGACUAUAUUGUGAAACGUGGCAAACUGCAAGAGCAUGAAGCACGAAGGUUCUUCCAACAAAUAAUUUCGGGGGUGGACUACUGCCAUCGCCACAUGAUUGUACACAGGGACUUGAAGCCAGAGAACCUGUUGCUAGAUCACAACAUGCAUGUGAAGAUUGCAGACUUUGGAUUGUCAAACAUGAUGAUGGAUGGUGAAUUUUUGAGGACAUCUUGUGGAUCGCCAAAUUAUGCUGCACCUGAGGUAAUAUCAGGAAAACUGUAUGCUGGUCCAGAAGUAGAUGUGUGGUCAUGUGGAGUCAUUCUAUAUGCAUUACUCUGUGGCACAUUACCCUUUGAUGAUGAGCAUGUGCCAACACUGUUUAGGAAGAUCAAAUCAGGAAUAUUUCCCAUUCCUGAAUAUCUAAACAAGAGUGUUGUGAGUUUGCUUUGCACAAUGCUACAAGUAGAUCCAAUGAAGAGGGCUAAUAUUGAAGAUGUAAAGAAGCAUGACUGGUUCCAGAAGGAGCUUCCUGGAUACUUGUUUCCAUCUCCUGUAGAGCAAGACAGCAGCGUAAUCGACACAGAGGCGAUAUCAGAAGUGUGCGACAAGUUUAGUGUGAAGGAGCAUGAGGUGCACAACGCGUUACUAAGCGGCGACCCGCACGACCAGCUCGCCAUCGCAUACCACCUUAUUAUAGACAACAAACGUAUUGCUGACGAGGCCGCUAAAGCUGAGAUCAAGGAUUUCUAUGUUGCUAGCCAGUCCCCGCCCGCGGCGCCCGUGGCGGCGGAGGCGGCGCGGCCGCACCCGGAGCGCAUCGCGCCGCUGCGGGAGCCCGUGCAGGACAGGCCCGCGCAACGCGGCACGCCCGUCAAGAGGGCUAAAUGGCACCUCGGCAUCAGAUCCCAGAGCAAACCCAACGACAUAAUGCUGGAAGUAUUCCGCGCUAUGAAAGCACUCGACUAUGAGUGGAAAGUGAUCAAUCCUUAUCAUGUUCGGGUGCGAACGCUUAAUAAGAUGACUGAGAAGUAUGUAAAGAUGUCUCUGCAACUGUAUCAAGUGGAUUACAAGUCAUACUUGCUGGACUUCAAGUCCCUGUCUGGCGAAAAGGAGGACGUGGAAGAAGAGGCCGCGUCUCCUCUGGUGCCGCCGCCGCCACUAGUUCUGCCGCCACCAGGCUCCCCGCUGGCAACUGGUCAUCACACUAUGGAGUUCUUCGAGAUGUGUGCAGCGUUAAUUAUACAACUCGCUCGAUAAAUGACAUCAUCUCUAUUCACGGAGUGGAACUAAAACGCGUUUUCUAUUGUA